AUGGCUCCUGCACUUGUCAGCAGUGCAAGCGACUUGGUCCAAUAUCGAGUGAACGACUCCAUGGCUGUUGAUCCCGAUGCUCCCAUGGGCUAUAUUGAACGAUACAUACAUGGAGAGAUGUACAAGCGUUACCCUGACAUCGCCUGUGUGAUUCAUAGUCACAGCGAAGAUGUUCUUCCCUACGCCAUUGCUGGAGUUCCGUUCAGAGCGGUGUACCACAUGGCAGGCUUUCUUGGUCCCGACCCGGUCCCGCUGUAUGAUGUCGAGAACUCCUACAACGCCACCGAACCGCAUGACUUGUUGAUCCGUACUCCGAACCUUGGGGAAGAUCUGGCCAAGACGUUCCUGACCACUGCAAAUACGUCGGCCAACCCUCCAGUCUUGCUUCCUGACUACAAUGUCGUGCUGAUGCGGCGACAUGGCUUCACCACCGCCGCUAUUGACAUCCAGACCGCAGUUUUUCAGGCCAUCUUCACUCAGUCGAACGCAAAAGCUCAGACUACAGCAACACUGCUGCGAGGUGCAUUUGGUGGGUUAUCUGGGGAUGAGGCCACAACAUGGACGGGCGAGACUGGCAACGGAGGGACUGGUGCAUUUGAGCCCCUGACCGCUCAACAAGCGCAGGACUGUGAAGUCUCCAUAAGGGCGACUUCUGACAGGCCUUGGGGUUUGUGGCUGAAAGAGGUCGAAAAGGACAGCUUGUAUACCAAUAACGCCUAA